UUCUGCACGAAUAGAAAAAGCUUCUAGGUGUCACUGCACACGUGCAUGUAUAAGACAAUUAGAUUCAGCUCUAGAUGCGUAUAUUUUACAGCAAGUAAGCGCAAACGUUUGAAUUAUAUAUUCGAGUUUCCGGCAGCCGGGAAAGAGGGCCAAGAGUGACAUCACGGGGGCGGGGCCUCGAGCCUUAAGAAAAAUUGGUGAAACUGCGAACUGUGGCAGCUGCCAGGCUCAGCUUCACCAUGAGCGGCCGCAACAGCUCCGAGCUCCAGGUCCUGUGCAGCUCGGGCCAGCUGCUCCUGCAGCCCCUCUGGGAUCGUCUAAGGACCUGGGAGGCGCUCGUCCAGUCACCCUUCUUUCCGGUCAUUUUCGCCAUCAUCACCUACCUGGGCAUCUGCCUGCCUUUUGUAGUCUUGGACUUCUUGUAUCCCUGGGUGCCCGCGCUGCGACGCUACAAGAUCCACCCCGACUUUUCGCCUUCCGCACGGGAGCUGCUGACCUGCCUGGGUCAGACACUGUACCAGCACCUGGUGUUUGUGUUUCCUGUGACGCUGCUCCACUGGCUCUGCAGCCCGGCUCUGCUGCCUCCCGAAGCCCCGGAGAUGCUGCAGCUCCUGCGCGACGUCCUGCUCUGCCUGCUGCUCUUCGACGCCGAGUUCUUCGUGUGGCACGUGCUGCACCACAAGGUCCCCUGGCUGUACCGCACCUUUCAUAAGGUGCACCACCAGAACUCGUCCCUGUUCGCGCUGGCCACGCAACACAUGAGCCUUUGGGAGCUGUUUUCCUUGGGCUUCUUUGACAUGGUGAACGUCACGCUGCUCAGGUGCCACCCGCUCACCGUUCUUACCUUUCACGUGGUCAACAUCUGGCUGUCGGUGGAGGACCACUCCGGCUACGACUUUCCGUGGUCCACUCACAGGCUGGUGCCUUUCGGGUGGUAUGGGGGCGUGGCGCACCAUGACCUGCACCACUCUCAGUUUAACUGCAACUUCGCCCCUUACUUCACUCACUGGGACAAAAUACUGGGCACUCUGCGGCCCGCACCCCCGCCAGCGUGGUGCUGUAGCUGUGGUGGGUGCCCCUCAAACUCUGGGGUGUUGUGCGAUUCACACUUGAAUCAGAAGAAACAUUCAUGAGCAUUUUAAAAAAACUUUUUCUUCUAUUUUAAUACUGGUAACUUAUUAACUGAUGAAAACUGAUGACAGAUAAAAUCUGAUACAUUGUUGCAAUCUGACAAAGUAAUUUAUACAAUGUUUGAAUAUCAACACAAUUGUAUUCUUGGUGUCAAAUUCUAGCUCAUUUCAAUAGCCUUGAGUCCUGGAUGGAAAUUAGACAUUCAUCACCGGCAUAUUUAAAUCAUCUCUAAAAGGAUUUCUUGCAAGAACAAAGACUCUCCUAUGUUUGAAAGUGUCCUCAAAUUGGGCUUAAAGAACAUAUUUUAAAGGAGGAUCUGACUUUGGAAUUAUAAUCGAACAUGAUCCUGCUGGACAGUGACCAAAAUUAUACUAUUUUUUUUCUAUUUUUCAAAGAAAUGUGUAUUUAUAUUGAAAAAGUUAUUCGUGCUUUUAAAAUAAAAAAUAACCAUGAAUCAAACAA